AUGGCUGACCCUGGCCUUAGAGAAGGCAUUGUGCCACUCAAAAUCCAGCACAUCGACGCUCCAUGUCACAUUUACUACAAUAUCAUUGGCGAUUUAUCGAGCAACUCGCCUCGGCUGAUUGUACUUCACGGUGGUCCAGGCACUGGCCAUGAGUAUCUUCUUCCUACUGGAGAUGAGUCUUUUGGCAGGAAACUUUGCGACGGGCCGGGCUACCGCAUUCUAGGCCAUAGCUGGGGUCGCAGAAUCGCCGUCACUUUCGCAACCACCCAGCCCCGGGUGUUGCAACGACUGGUCCUCGCUAGCGGUAUAGCCAGCUCUCGAGGUUGGGUGGAGGGUAUCCAAAUCAUCCGCAGGCAGUUGCCGUCUGAUGCGCAAUUGGCGAUUGAUGAAGAGGAGCAGAAAGGCAAUUUUGAAAGUGCCCGCUUUAGAGAUGCGAUGAGCGUGUUUUUCCGCAAUUACCUCUGUCGCGCGAAGCCCUUUCCACCUAAGGAGCUUUUACCUGAGCGAGGACAAGACUCGGGACCAUCGCCUCUGGACUGCACAGGCUCCUUCCGGGACUGGUCCUGCACUCCGUACCUGCAUCAAAUUGCCGUGCCGACGCUUGUGUAUAACGGCGAGUUUGACACCUCGCAUGACAUAACUACAGUGCCUUUUUUUGAGCACAUACCUCGUGUAAGAUGGAUCACAUUUCCAGAUGCCGGACAUAUUUGCCAUCUGGAGCGACCGGAGCUUGCAUGGAAAGAGUUUAGAAUCGUCGGAGAGUUCCUGACGCAGAAGAAAUGA